CUCCAGAGGAAAAAGUAAAAGUCGAGAAAUCUCCAAAAGAAAAACAAAAAAUCGAGAAACCUCCAAGAAAAAUAGUAAAGGCGGAGAAGCCUCCAAAAGACGAAACAAAAGUAGAGAAACCUCCCAAAGAAACCAUGAAAGUCGAGAAACCUCCCAAAGAAAAAGUAAAAGUUGAGAAACCUCCAAAAGAAAAACUAACAGUCGAGAAACUUCCGAAACAGGAAACAAUAGUUGAGAAACCUCCAAAAGAAACAGUAAAAGCAGAGAAAACUCCGAAAGAGGAAACUAAACUCGAGAAACAUCCCUCAGAAAAAAUAGAAGUCGAGAAACCUCCAAAGGAAAAAGUAAAGGCAGAGAAGCCUCCCAAAGAAAAAACAGAAGUCAAGGAAGCUCCGAAAGAGGAAACAAAAGUUGAGAAACUUCCAAAGGCAAAAGUAAAGGCAGAGAAGCCUCCCAAAGAAAAGGCAAAAGUCGAGAAACCUCCAAAAGAAGAAACAAAAGUCGAAAAAUUUCCAAAAGAAAAAGUAAAGGUGGAGAAGCCUCCCAAAGAAAAAACAGAAGUCAAGAAACCUCCAAAAGAAGAAACAAAGGUUGAAAAACUUCCGAAAGAGGAAACAAAAGUCAAGAAACCUCCCAAAGAAAAAAUUGAAGUCGAGAAACCUCCCAAAGAAAUAGUAAAGGCAGCAAAACCUCCCAAAGAAAAGGUCAAAGUCGGGAAACCUCCCAAAGAAGAAACAAAAGUUGAGAAACCUCCAAAGGAAAAACUAAAAGUCGAGAAACCUCCAAAGGCAAAAGUAAAGAUGGAGAAACUUCCCAAAGAAAAACUAAAGGUCGAGAAACCUCUAAAGGAGGAAACAAAAGUCAAGAAACUUCCGAAAGAGGAAACAAAAGUCGAAAAGCGUCCCAAAGAAACAAUAAAAGUUGAGACGCCUCCAAAAGAAGAAACAAAACUUGAGAAGCCUCCAAAGGAAAAAGUAAAGGCGGAGAAGCCUCCCAAAGAAAAAACAGGAGUGAAGAAACCUCCGAAAGAGGAAUCAAAAGUCGAGAAACCUCCCAAAGAAAAGGUAAAAGUCGAGAAACCUCCAAUAGAAAAGAAAGAAAAGAAACUUGUCAGAGAAGAAAUGAAGGUUGAAAAAGCACCAAAAGAAGAAAAAAAGGCAGAGAAACCUCCAAAAGAAAAGGAAGAAAAGAAACCUGCCAAAGAAGAAAUAAAAGUGGAGAAACUGCCCAAAGAAAAGAAACAUGUCAAAGAAAAACAGAAGGUUGAGAAACCACCAAAAGAAAAGGAAGAAAAGAAACCUGUCAAAGAAGAAACAAAGGUCAAGAAACCUCCCAAAGAAAAGCUAGGUGUUGAGAAACCUAUCAAGGAUAAGAUAGAAGAAAAGAAACUUUCAGCAGAAGGAAAAUCUGAACAGAAACGCCAAACAGCAAAAAUAGGAGUAAAGAAACCUAAAGAAGAUAUUAAGCCCAAAAGAACAAUCAAGCGGGAGUUUCCAACUGUCCUCAGGAAGCAACAUCUUAAUGUGACAAAACCCGAAACCACUCCAAUCAAGACCAAAAAGGUGGCAGUUGUGAAAAAGCUCGAAAUCCCAGACAAAAACGUCUCCUUAACAAAGACGAAAGUAGUAAAGGCAGCGCUGCUACGAAAAGUUCCUGAGGCUCCAAAAGAAACAGCCAAGCCUUCAAAAGUCAAAAAAGUUGUUGAGGUUCUUAAGGAGAAGAUUGAACCUAUCACUCAGAAAAAAGCAGCUGUUAUUAAGGCAAAACCAGCACCUGCUGAAAAGAAGAAAGAGAAAACUGUCCCGAAGCAGACGGUAAAGGAUAAAGCUAAAGAAGACAGAGUUCUUAAAGAGAGACAGGAGCCGGCAAAGAAAGAAAAACCUGCUGAGAAGGCUGCCAGAGACGAGAAGGUUGAAGAACAACUUUUGGACAGCUUUCCCAUGGAUGACGACCUGCCGUACUUCCAGUGUUUCUUCCUGGACGAGGACGAGGCUCAGUUUCCAUUUUAUGCCUUCUCACCUCUACACAUUUAACUCCUAGUGUGCAUCUAAUCUGAGGUGGCCUUACUCAUAAUGACAAAGUCCUGUCACACUCCGGGCUGCAGAAACAUGGCAGCACCCGUUCACUGUGUCCAACAAGCGACCAGAGCGGCUGAAAUGUGAAGGACUGUUUUUAUCGUUUUGUUCGCGGGUCUGGUUGAGCUCUCGUUUUGAAUACACAAAGAGGGCGUCAUUCCUUUUGAUUCAUUUCCAAUUUCUGCACUCCAGUUAUAUUUUAACUUGAACAACCAAGACUUUUGCAAAUAGUCGCUGCAUAUAUUUAGCUUGCUUUUCAAAUAUAACACAUUUCUUAUAAUCUCACUGAUUUAAAGAAUUUUGUUCUUAAAGGAAAAAAAAAAAUCUGAAACAUAGCAGAAUUUUUCUUUUCAUUUUUGCAUGUAAACUAUGGGAUGGAAUGACCCUGCUCUGUAUCCGAAAGCUCCCAGACUCACUGGCAGGAUGAUACCUGCGAUUAAGUCUUAUUUAAUGGAACCAUCUGCACCAAGUGCUUGUUUAAAAGUUGGUGCUACUUUUCUUGAACUCUGGUUUGAGUCCAAGUUUAUUUUGAGAUGGUUUUCACCAUCUGGUCUCUGUAAUUCCUUGACUGACCAAACACAUGACGUCGUUACCAGCUGUACCUGGUAUAUUUGGGGUAAGUAGGUUCUUCUGCCCAGGUAACAUCUAAACACCCUGGUGCUGAGAUGUUCACCGAGGGCAAAACCCGACAUCGAUCAUGCAACAGCAACUGAUUUUCUUAUUUGUUGCUCCCGACUAGCAAUGUUACUGACUGUAUGGUGGAUUCCACGCAGCAACUUUUAAGAGUUUUCUGAGCCGUGGUCCAACUUAGGCCUGGCAACACAGAAAUCCUGAGAUGCUCACGGAUUGAGCUUCGCCAGCUGCAUAUGGUACAUUGGCUUUUUUUGCACCAUAUGCUGCACAGAAGACAUGAGGCGUGCUCUGAUUUAAGGCACCAGUCCUGAGUCGAAUGUAAAACUCCUUACAGAUUCAGAGGAAAUUCUAGGAACAAGCUCUAUGACGGGGCAGAUGCUGCAGCUCUCCAGUAACUUAAACUGUAAAGGCUGCAUAUUACAAUGAUGUUUAUAAAUACCCACCAGAAAUGUGGUUGGUGUGUUCCUAUGUAAGGGUGAGCUGUCCUGUCGUUGCAUAUUUGCAGGAGGAAUGUGCAAUACUUAGUGUAAUGAUCCCAUUGAUUUGAUGGUAUCUUUGGCUGUCUUUUAAUAACCUGUGCAUGUUGCGUGUGUGUUUUAUGCUCCCAUAUGUUGAGCCUACAUGACGACUUCCUUUGAAUCACAACCUAAGUAGUAGCAGAAACACGUGAAAUACUGACAUAAUUUUAAACCAGAAACUCGUGUUGCUCAGAGACAACAAGAAUCUUGAUGUAAAUAGUUUAAUACAUGAAACAGGACUGUUUAUUUUAACUGGAACUAUUACCACCUAAACUGCAUUUUCCCUGCUGUAAACUUAUAUUAUGUAUAAAUUUGUCAGGCCCUCAGUAUUUUUGUCAAUAAAAGCAAUUUGUCAGCAAAACA